GUCCAUGAAGAUGAAGCACCACCACCUUACCUGCACAAGCUUGACUUUAAAAAGGGACAUCGUUGUGCUAUAUAUAAAUCAUAUUGCCCCCAGUGGCUUAUUGCAAUGGAGAUUUGGGUUUAUGGGAACAAUUUUGAGUCAUUUCUUGCUGCUGUGGUGGUUUUGGAGAACAGGACAGCUCGUUGAACAUCAUUUCAUCGAUGACUGUGGAUCAUUGUGUCAAACUCUGAUGGCAAAAUAUGAACUUUGGGUGAGUUCGAGAGGAUACAUGCAAGAUUGGCUGUCCCACUGUCUGUGCGGCUGCUGAAAUUACAGAGUAAAUCUCAGCCCUCAUCAGCUAAUACCAAAUGUCAUGUGUGGAUACAGUAACUCCAUUUGUUGAAAUCUAGUUUAUGUGUCGCGUCUACUGCUGCCUUCUUAGAAGAUGAGUCAGUUUCGAGUCUUUAUGGCAGUGUUGUGGUGUUGCCUCACAUGCUGCACGGUGCACCUAAUAAUGCCACGACAACAGGACGCAAACCUCUCUACAGAGGUAGCGGUUCGUGAUUGAAGAUAGCGUCUUCUCAGAAAGGUUUGGUGAUUGGUCAAUCAGCAGUCAUGAAAGAUGAUGAUGAAGACCUUGAAAGUGGAAAACCAGUUGCAUUCCCUUCAGAGAAUAAUCUCAAAGUUAUUUUCUAGUCCCAGUGUGUGAUGACUAAAGUUUCCUGCUGCCUUCCAUUCUUGGUGACUCGCAUGGCAUAUUCCUGACUGUCUAGGCUUCUUGAUGCUUGUUCUGAUGGAUGAAUUAUUACUCACCUUGCUGAUUCAGGGAUGCUUGUUGCUCAAUCUUCUUGCUAUGUCUUCGACUUACUCGCUAUAGAUUUUGUCUUUCUAAUUUGAUCAGCUGCAUUUGUUUUUAUUUUUGUUUAAAACUGCAUGUUUAUAGUUCUCUUCAACAGAGAUGCAUUAAUAUACUCCUUGCA